AUGGGUGCGAAUUCCUUCACCGGUACUUUUCAGACGUCCCGCAUGUCCGAAGCAUCGCAGGCAUCGCAGGCAUCGCAAAUGUCGGAUAACUCGCAGCAGUCGGUAAUUGGGUUUCCACCCCACCCUACUCCUGCUAUGGCCACCACAAAUUUGUCUAAGGAUAUGGCCUUCUCCACCAACUCAUCAUCCAGCACAUUAUACCAAGAUUCACAGCAACAGCAACAACAACAGCCACAACAGCCGCAGCUAUUACCGCCGUUUCCUCAAGUUGACCAGUUCCUGCAAUUUCCUCAGCAUCCCCACUUUAUUUCCAGCUCUGCUCCGGUCAACACAUCGGUUGACUUUUCCGACAGCCGUCGACAGCAAUUGCCGCAACAAUUGCCGCCGCUGCAGACGCAGAAACUACUACAGCAACCGCCCCCACCAUCUCAGGAACACUUCAAUGUGGCGGAACAUCCUGUGCAAGAUCUUCUACUAAUGCUAUCGGCACUUCUCCAGAAGAUCGUGGAGGCAAAUGACCUUCUACAUACGGAACAUUACGAUGAGGCUUUGCAGGAUACCCGUCAAAGGAACGAGAACAGCAUGGAGCAGAACCGAUUCAAAGCCAAUGUCCUUUCGUUCCAUGGACGGAACAUUCCCGCCAUCUCGCUUUAUGCCUAUUUGACUAGAAUACUGAAGUAUUGUCCAGUGACAAACGACGUAUUUUUAAGCUUGUUAGUGUAUUUUGAUAGAAUCGCCAAACGCGCGAAUAAUGGAGAGUUUUCCGGUUUUGCGGGAAAGUCUGGCGGAUUGUCGAGCGAGUCAUCUUAUGAGUCUCGUGAUCCGGACCGUGGUCAGGUCUUUGUCAUCGACAGCUACAACAUCCAUCGGUUGAUAAUUUCAGGGAUCACGGUAGCAUCAAAGUUCUUUAGCGAUGUGUUCUACAAGAAUUCCCGAUAUGCAAAAGUAGGAGGUCUCCCGUUGGAGGAGUUGAACCAUUUAGAGAUCCAAUUUCUUAUGCUUCUCGAUUUCAAGCUCAUGAUCCAAGUGGAAGAGAUGAACCGCUACGGAGAUCUGUUGUUGAAGUUUUGGAAAAGGGAGCAAGCCAAGCAAGCCAAGCAAGCUCAAUGA